AAUAUUGACAAUUACAUAUUGCUUAACCAGUCUAUCAUACUGAAAUGGGCGUUGGUUUUCCGAUCUCGUGGAAAUUACGUUCUUUAAAAAUUGACAACAGCAGAUGUUAGAUUUAAAUUAUUGUUUUAAUUGUAAUCGGGCAAUUCAGUGAUAUGUCUUCUGAUUAUGAACAACAAUAAGAGGAUUUGUCAUAAUUAAAGUGUCGGAUUAUUGGUGAAAAUUUUGCGACUGACAGAACUUGACAUUUCCGGAGGCGUCCAGUAACUACACCUGGACUGGUAAAGAUGUGCCAAGUAUUACACAGAUGUGUCCUUCUACUUUCAUUUUUGACACAAGUUUUAUGCAACAAUGGGCCUAUGUUCUCAUCACAACCCCCAAUCAUAAAACCAGAGGACACCCCAAUAAACUCAACAAUCGGCACCUUGAUGGCUACUGAUGACGACGGGCCCCAGGAACUUAAAUUUUCGAUACCAGCAGGUCAUGUGACUGAACAGUAUGUAAGACUAGAUAAUGUUCGAGGCGUCAGUACAGAAGGAAGAAAGGCGGACAUUGUACUCAUUAAAAAACUAGACAGGGACUUCACUCAAAAUACGUUUAUAAAGUUGAGAUUUGUAGUGGAAGAUAACCCAGGAGCAGAAGGCAACAUUAUUGUACAAGAAAUCACUCUGUAUAUAAGGGAUGUGAAUGAUGAGAAGCCAAUCUUUCGUGAGACCAGAUAUGAGAAAGAUGUUUUAGAAAAUGCUGCCAGUGACUUCUUAGUGGUAACUGUAAAGGCAGAUGACCCUGACACUGGGGAAGUUAUUAAAUACUCUAUGGAGCCUGUUGGUCAAGCCAUAUCUGAUGAUUAUAAAAAUGCAUUUAAAAUAGAUCAGACUUCCGGAGAAGUUACUGUCAAUCGUAAACUGGAUGCUAACAUACACAAUUACUAUGAGUACACUUUAAUUGCAAGUGAUGUUGGUAAUAAAACUGGCCAGUCUGUAUUGCUAAUCAAAGUUGUAGAUGUCCAGGAUAAGCCACCAUACUUUACCAACUUGCCGUACAGUACCUCCAUAUUUGAAAAUGCCACAGCGAGUACCCAAGUUGUCCAGGUAACAGCUCUGGACGGGGACAAGGGAGCUUCAAACACAGUCUCGUACAGCUUUGUAGGUGGCCAGACUACAAACUUUGAUAUAGACAGUACCUCUGGUUGGAUAACUGUGAAGUCAUCUUUAGAUCGUGAUGCUCCUGAUGUCAGACAAAGUGGAGGGGUUUAUGCCAUCUAUGUAAAGGCUCGGGAAAAUGAUAACACACAAGCUGAGGAUCAGAUCACAGCAACCACUCUAGUGACAAUAACGGUAAAGGACGUGAAUGACAACAAGCCAAAGUUCAACUCACAGAAAUAUGAGGCAUUUAUCCUAGAAAAUAUGCAGGAGGGUGUACCAAUUACCUUCAGUGGGCCAGAUUCUAUUAGUUUCAUGAAUGUCAGUGACAUUGAUCAGGGUCUAUUCAGCCAUUUCCAGUUGUCUUUAGAGAAGAACGGUCAGCCUUAUAACGACUUUGCACCCUUACCUAGUGAGGUGUUUGUUGAAUCCUCUGUCCUUAUACGUGUACAGAACAGCACAGCCCUCGAUUAUGAAAAAAUCACAGAUGUUACUUUCCAGAUUGUUGCCAGAGAGAUUGGAACAAAAGAAUUAUGGUCAAGUACAGCAGAUAUAACAGUAAAUAUUCAGGACAUGAAUGAUAACUCACCAGUAUUUCAACCAGAGACGCUCCCGACGCUCACCAUGCUGGAAAAUGCUACAGUCGGAACAGAGCUUACAAUCCUCACAGCUACUGAUGCAGAUAGGGGAAAUUUUGGUAAAAUUACAUACCAUAUAAGAGGCAGUAACCAAAUAUUUCAGAUUGAUGAGACAACAGGAAGGAUAACACUUGCAGCAAGUUUAGAUCGUGAAAAAGUUGACAAUUACUUCCUGACAGCUGAGGCGAGAGACGGGGGUGGACUUACAACAUUUAUCAACCUGGAUAUAAAGGUGCUUGAUGUGAACGAUAAAAACCCUGUGUUCAGACGAGAAGAACAGUUUGUUACUGUUAGAGAGGAUAGCCUACAGUUCCUUAGAGGCAAUCUUGUUGUUGAGGCAACAGAUGAUGAUGAACCAAACACACCCAACAGUGAGAUAAUGUAUAGAAUAACCAAGGCUUCAGCUGGUUUAAAAAACAAGUUCUUUGUGAACCAGACCUCAGGGUUAAUCACUAUGGUGGAAAAGAUAGACUAUGAGGCCCUACCAGCUAGCCUCAAUGGUAGAGUCCUUCUUGAGGUGGAGGCGUAUGACCUCGGGAUUCCAAGUCUUUCUACCACCGUCAAUGUCACUGUGGAAAUAGAGGAUGUGAAUGACAAUGCACCAGUUUUCAGUCCAAAAACAUACACUGCCAGCGUUCCAGAGAGUGCUACUGCAGGCGUAAGUGUGGUAAAGGUGUCUGCCACUGAUGCUGACAGCAGCAAACCAAAUAACCAGUUCCUGUAUAGAAUCGACAGCGGAGCAGGCGACAAGUUCCGCAUUGACUUCCAGACAGGUGAUAUAGUUAUAGAGGUUGGAGCAAAACUUGAUCGAGAGACGAAGGACAAUUACAUCUUAAAUGUGUCGGCGACAGAUCGUGGUGCGGUACCAAUGACGGGCCUCUGUAUUGUAAAUAUCACAGUUCUAGAUGUGAACGAUGAGCCUCCAGUGUUUACUCCAUCAACUAUAUCCACAUCUAUCAAUGAAAAUUCUUCUCCAGGUGACCAAGUUGUUUGUACAACAGCGACUGAUCCAGACAGCACCCACACACUACAGUACAGUAUUGUACCUAGCUCAAUACAAGGAUCAGAUGAGAAUGGUAAAGCGGUCAAUGUUACCACUACAGGAGUACAGAAUUAUUUCACAAUCAACAAAGACACCGGAUGUAUUACUGUGCAAAAUCAGCCUGACAGGGAAACAGCAGAAACAGUUGUGUUUAAUGCAAUGGUUAGAGAUAUUCUGGCUUUAACAGGGCCGGGAACCAAAGAACAAACUGCUAUAGCAAGUAUUACGAUGACAUUGUUAGACUACAAUGACAACUCACCAGAGUUCUUACCAAAUGCCUCAUACAAUUUGAAGAUCUCCGAGGGUCUAGAGCCACAGUCUGAGGUUCUCAGAUUUGAGACUCGGGACAAAGACAAGAACCAGCAGAUCUCGUACCAGAUGGACAAAGACCCAAACAACAACUUUAUAGUAACAGAAAACUCUGGUAUUUUAAGACUGAACAAGGCUCUAGACAGAGAGGAAACUGACAUCUUGGAGGUUACAGUGCUAGCUAUGGACGAUGUUGAUCCCAAACGAACAUCUACAGCCACUGUCCUUAUCCACGUACAAGACAUCAAUGAUAACACGCCAGAAUUUACCCCAUACAAUCUCAGUUACAAAGUGAAAGAGGAUGCUGAAGUUGGUCAACCCAUUGUUACAAUCUCUGCUUCCGACAAAGAUUUAGGAGAGUAUGGAAAAGUUGUCUAUAGUUUUGAUGUCAGCAAUGAUGAUGAUAAACUGAAAAUCAAUAGACUAACUGGAAUAAUAUCAGUGGCUAAGAAACUAGACAGAGAAACCCGUAGUUCAUAUACUUUAUAUGUGACAGCAGUAGAUAACCCAGAUAAUCCGAACAACCAGAGAACCAAUCAGACAAAAGCAAUCACUAUAGAGGUGGAAGAUGUUAAUGAUAAUGAUCCUGAAUUUACAAACAUUGAUGAAAACACACGUGCUUCAGUUCUGGAGAAUGCCUGGGACCCAAACAAAGAAGGGCCGGCUGUCUUCUCGGUGUCAGCAGAAGACAAGGAUGUCGGAGAAAAUGCUAGGCUGGUUUACACAAUUUCUGCCAAUGAGACUGUAUCUUCUCUCUUCACUAUUGAAACUGUGUCACGGACUAUUGGAGGAGUGCCAAAAUAUUUCGGAGAUAUCCGAGUGGCGAGCAACCUUUUAGGAAAUGUUGGUGACUUACACUUGAAUGUUACAGUUACUGAUCAAGGAGUGCCACCAAGGUCAGCACAGACUGGAUUGAUUAUUGUUGUUGAAGACGUGAAUCUACAUCAGCCUGUCUUCACAAGUCCCACAGGGCCGAGGGCAGAAAUCAAUACUAACGAGAAAAAUCCAGUGGGAUCUAUAGUGUUCCAGAUUGAGGCUACGGAUGAGGACCAUGGUCGCAACAGUAAGAUAACAUACGAAAUACAAGAGGAGAAUGACUGGGAAGUGUUUAGUAUACACCCGGAAACCGGCUUACUCACUAAUAAAGUCAUAUUGGAUAGAGAGACCAAAGAAAGAUACGAGAUUAAGAUCAAGGCAGAAGAUAAUGGAGUUCCGAACCCACUUCACAGUACACUAACGUUGAUCAUCAUGGUGCUUGACAUAGAUGACAAUGUCCCAGAAUUCACUGUUCCACGGAAUAAACCAUACAAGAUACAGAUCGAGGAGGAACGUGUGCACGAUCAGACCACGACUGGACUAAACAUUGCAGUUGAUAAAGAUUCUGGGGACAAUGCCAUCAUCUGUUACUAUAUCAUUGGUGGCAACAAAGAAGUUAGCAGUCAUUUCCAGCUAGAUCAGAAGGGCAACUUAACCUUGACAAAGUCGUUUGACCGUGAAAACUUGACAGUACCUUACAUCAAUAUGAUCGUCAUGGCAACACCUUCGUGUUAUGCUGACAUUGCUAUAGAUACUAGCCUAACCUCUUUUCCACCAAGUGGCUAUGCUGGCAAUCUCUCACUCCUUUGGGUGCAGGUUGAGAUACAAGACAUCAAUGACAAUCCACCAAAGUUCAAGCAGUCAGUGCUCACACUAGGUGUCACCAGGGAUACUGGCUUUGGCAUGUCCAUUACCAAUCUUCAGGAUCUGGUGACAGACGAAGAUGCUACAAUGAAGGUAGACUUUGCUGCCGUUUGUACCGAGCACCAUCUACAGAACAAGAAGCUUGAGUGUACAUCGGGACAGAACCCGAAAUCUCAACCAUUCCUUGUGUUUAAGAAUGGUACCGUAGCAACAAACACGUACUUCCAAGCUAACAUGUACGGCUACUACCUCAUACAUAUCCAGGCCAAGGAGAACGUCACCGGUGGAGAGCCAUUCAUAGCUAAUGCAACACUUCGGAUAUCGCUGAUCAAUGAUGACCAGCGUGUGAAGGUUGUCUUCAGAAACACGCCAGAUAUUGUCCGAAGUUUCCAGGUGGCAUUUACACAAAAACUUCAACAAACAACAGGCUAUAGAAUUGUUGUUGAUAAAAUUCAGACACAUGAAAAUAGAUACGGUCUUCCUGAAAUUAAUAAAACUGACAUGUUUAUUCAUGGGGAAAAUAUGAAGACCAAUGAGACAAUAUCGGCACAAGAGCUUCUAAGGGUGAUAGACUCUUUUGCUGAAGCAUUGUUGGGGUUGAGAUAUGAUUACAAGGUGCUCGAAAUUGUGCCAACAACUACAGCCAAGGAGGAGCAGAGUUUAGAAGAUACGUUCAAGAUGGCUUUAAUACUUGUGACAAUCGGACUGACACUACUCUGUGUUGGAUUAUGCAUUGUAUUCUACAUAUCCAGACAACAGUAUAAGAGAAAAUUAAAAGCUGCCACAGCGAUGGCUUAUGUAGCAAGUUUGGAUUCCCUGGGUGAUAACUGGACUCGUACCCUAACACGAGUUCAGGGCAAGGUCUGGAGAAAAACCUAUGCUGAUCAGGUUGUUACCGAAGGUUCUAGCUCAGAUCUACACAAGUCUGAAUUGCCAGGCACCAAUGUACAUGCUUAUGAAAAUACCAACCCAAUCUAUUUAGAAAAAGUGCUAUUAGAAGAAGCAGGUGAAAGAGAUGAUGAUGAUGAUGAUUCCCUGGAUGAUAAUGCAGUAGACCCGACCCAACCUUCACAGUUCAGUGAACAACAGAUGUCAAUGAACUUUUACACCGAGGACAACAAUCUUAACAAAGUGCCACAAUCUAAACUUGGUAAUGGAGAUGCCAUUUUAAACGCAGUGCUACAGAACCAUCAAAAUCGUAAAAUGAAAAAUGGUGAUGCUGUUCAAAAUGGUCAAGUAGAAAACAAAGAGGACAACUUUGCAGGCUUGCCAACUACAGAAAUUUAACCUGCAAAGUUCUAAAUAUCUCUAGAUCAAAGCUAGGUUGUGAUAUUUUGUGUGAUUUACAUAAGAUUGUUGCUGGUGUCGACAACAAAAUACAAGUUUUUGUUCAUUAGGUUAACAAUUGAUUUCAGAAGGUGCUAUGUUUGUUAAACUUUGCCGUACAUUCUAGUGCUAGAUUUUAGUCCUUUAUAUAGGGAUUUUAUUACUUUGUACAUAACUACGACUAGAAAAAAAAACUUAGGGGAUAGAAAUUGUUUCCAUAGCUCUACUGUGACAUACCAGUUUGAAUUAUUUAACAUUUACAAGGUUAUUUUUGAGUUAAAGUUUUUUAAAGUGACCUUUAGUGUCCAGUCUGUUAUGGUUGAUUGAAAUCAGAAGUCUGAGUAAUGUUAACUUAAUACCCAUAAUAUGUUUGGUUUUUUUUUUUUUGUAUUUCCUAUUUAAUGAAAUAACAUUGACACAGUGCGGAAGAAAACUGCAAAGUGAAGAUCACAAUUUUUUUUAUUAUUAUAAUGAGUGUUUACAAUGUUAUAGAUUGUCCAGGGAAUCUUAUAUGUAUGAUUGUAUGUGAUGUAAAUGGGCUACAUCAUGACAAAAUGUACUCUAUGUCUCAGUGAUGUUACUUCAUAAUUAUCAAAUGGUGUCUUAAAAAUUUUCUUGUCCAUAUUAUUAUUAAAUUUUUGUGCAGUAACAUGAUUCCCUUGAUGUGGUGGAUGCGUAAUGUUAUUCAGCAGGUCCAUUACCUUAAUACCAAUUUUCUAUUGGAUAGAGUUUAUUGCACAACCAUGGAGGGAAUGGGUUUGAACUUGCUUGGGUCAAGACCAUUUCUUAUCACAAGUCCAAUACAGGUUUUUCCUUGAAGUGGACACGGGUGAAAUGAAAUCGAGUUACUGACACAAAGAUAAAAAUUAUAUAAAUUUGUCAAAUACAGGUAAAUAUUAAUUCAAAUAUCUUGAAAGUGUUGUUGCAAGGUACCUUUUUGUCAUGAUGAGGUUCAUAUGCCAGAGGGGAAUGAAUCAAAAGAUGCCUUAAUUAAAACAAUGCAUUUUUGCUCAUCGACUCACACCUUGUUAUAUAUAUAUUUGUAUCAUUAAAUGUAAAUAUGACUUAUUUAUUGUUUUUGACUGUUAAGAAUCAUAAAAACAUUAUGUCUUUCUGAGUUUCUACCUGUCCAAAUAGCAUUUAAAUGUUGCAUAAUUGCUGGCAA